CGCCGCAUCCCGGAGGGAGUCGUGUGGUCGCCUGCCCAGACUCCGGAGCUCCUUCCUCGUCGCUGCGCUCGUGUGUGCACUCCGGGUCUCGCUAGCCGCUCUCCCCAUCGCCCAGCGGGCCGCGCCUCCGGCAGCAUGUGCGGUAUAUUUGCUUACUUAAACUACCAUGUUCCUCGCACAAGACGAGAAAUCUUAGAGACCCUAAUCAAAGGCCUUCAGAGACUGGAAUACAGAGGAUAUGAUUCUGCUGGUGUGGGAUUUGAUGGAGGCAAUGACAAAGAUUGGGAAGCUAAUGCCUGUAAAAUCCAACUCAUUAAGAAGAAAGGAAAAGUUAAGGCACUCGAUGAAGAAGUUCACAAACAACAGGAUAUGGAUUUGGAUAUAGAAUUUGAUGUCCACCUUGGAAUAGCUCAUACCCGUUGGGCAACUCAUGGAGAACCCAAUCCUGUUAAUAGCCAUCCCCAGCGCUCUGACAAAAAUAAUGAGUUUAUUGUUAUUCAUAAUGGAAUCAUCACCAAUUACAAAGACUUGAAAAAGUUUUUGGAAAGCAAAGGCUAUGACUUUGAAUCUGAAACAGAUACAGAAACAAUUGCCAAGCUGGUGAAGUACAUGUAUGACAACUGGGAAAGUCAAGACAUCAGUUUUACUACAUUGGUGGAGAGAGUUAUACAACAAUUGGAAGGUGCUUUUGCACUAGUAUUUAAAAGUGUUCAUUUUCCUGGGCAAGCAGUUGGCACAAGGCGAGGUAGCCCCUUAUUGAUUGGUGUGCGGAGUGAACACAAGCUUUCUACUGAUCACAUUCCAAUACUCUAUAGGACAGGCAAAGACAAGAAAGGAAGUUGCAAUCUCCCUCGUGUGGACAGUACAACUUGUCUUUUCCCUGUUGAAGAAAAAGCAGUAGAAUAUUAUUUUGCUUCUGAUGCAAGUGCUGUCAUAGAACACACCAACCGUGUCAUCUUUCUAGAAGAUGAUGAUGUCGCAGCAGUGGUAGAUGGCCGUCUUUCUAUCCAUCGAAUUAAACGAACUGCAGGAGAUCACCCUGGACGAGCUGUGCAGACCCUCCAGAUGGAACUCCAGCAGAUCAUGAAGGGAAAUUUUAGUUCAUUUAUGCAGAAGGAAAUAUUUGAACAACCAGAAUCUGUUGUGAACACAAUGAGAGGAAGAGUUAACUUUGAUGACUACACAGUGAAUUUGGGUGGUUUAAAGGAUCACAUUAAGGAGAUCCAGAGGUGUCGGCGUUUGAUUCUUAUUGCUUGUGGAACAAGUUACCAUGCUGGUGUGGCAACACGUCAGGUUCUUGAGGAGCUGACUGAAUUGCCAGUGAUGGUGGAACUAGCCAGUGAUUUCUUGGAUAGAAACACGCCAGUCUUUCGAGAUGAUGUUUGCUUUUUCAUUAGCCAAUCAGGUGAGACAGCAGAUACCCUAAUGGGACUUCGUUACUGUAAGGAGAGAGGAGCUUUAACUGUGGGGAUCACGAAUACAGUGGGCAGUUCAAUAUCACGGGAGACAGAUUGUGGAGUUCACAUUAAUGCUGGUCCUGAGGUUGGUGUGGCCAGUACAAAGGCAUACACCAGCCAGUUUGUUGCCCUUGUGAUGUUUGCCCUUAUGAUGUGUGAUGACAGGAUCUCCAUGCAAGAGAGACGCAAAGAAAUCAUGCUUGGAUUGAAACAGCUGCCAGAUUUGAUUAAGGAAGUGCUGAGCAUGGAUGAUGAAAUUCAGAAACUGGCUACAGAACUAUAUCAUCAGAAGUCAGUCCUGAUAAUGGGACGAGGAUAUCACUAUGCUACUUGUCUUGAAGGGGCCCUGAAAAUCAAAGAAAUUACUUAUAUGCACUCUGAGGGCAUCCUUGCUGGUGAAUUGAAACAUGGCCCUCUAGCUUUGGUGGAUAAGUUAAUGCCUGUCAUCAUGAUCAUCAUGAGAGAUCACACUUAUGCCAAGUGUCAGAAUGCUUUUCAGCAAGUAAUUGCUCGGCAGGGGCGCCCUGUGGUGAUCUGUGAUAAGGAGGAUACAGAGACCAUCAAGAACACAAAGAGAACCAUCAAGGUUCCCCACUCGGUGGACUGCUUGCAGGGUAUUCUCAGUGUGAUCCCUUUACAGUUGCUGGCUUUCCAUCUUGCUGUGCUCAGAGGCUAUGAUGUUGACUUUCCACGGAAUCUUGCCAAAUCUGUAACUGUAGAGUGAAGAACAUUUGAAACAUGGAAAAAUGCAGCAACAUAAAACACCUUUCAUAUUUAAAACUUUGAUUUAAAAUAUCACCUCUGGAAGACUUUUUUUUUGUUUUUAGUAAAUCUUUAUGUAUCACUCAAUUUGUGAUUUUGUGAAAUUGACUCAAAUUUUCCAGUACUAUAUAUAAUGAAUGAGUUUGAUGAGUGGAAUCUGUAUUGGAAUCUAUCUCCAAAAGAUUUUAGCUAUCAUUUUCUUUCAAGAACUAGGUACUAGGUUUCUGAGCCCUCCACUUCAGUCUGAGAGAAUUCUUUUGUUUUUUAAAAUUAUUACCAUUUGCUUUUAUUCAUUUAGACUAGUGAAAGAGCAAUGUGUUUAAAUUUGAUUUUUAAAGCCAGUGGCAAUAUAGGUUAAUUCUUGGACAUCUACUGAAGAUUUGCUGAAGAUAUAUAAUAGAUACUGUGAUUUAUUUUGAAACUUGCUUCUGUUUCAUUUUAAAUCAAUCUGUACAACACAUAGACUAAACACUUUCCUUGGGAUUUGUAUCUAAGUUCAUUUAACCUUAGUUCUUGUCUGUUAUAUGUAGCUGGAGCUAAUUUAGGAAGCAAAAUAUAACAUUGCAACAAUGUCCUCCAACCCUAACUAGAACACAUGCACAAUUUUAUAGAAUAAACGUUAACUUUGAACUAUAUAGGACAACUGACAAUAUGAUUUUAAAUUUGAGGAUGGAACAUUGGGUGUCCUUGAUCCAUGUGUUUUCACUUCCUAAAAGUAGAAAUUACAAGUUAUUUACUUCUUUAAUAUGUGGUAAAUGACCCUUUUAUCUCAUUAUCUGAAAUCACAACCUAGAGCUGCUAUUUAAUGUCUUAAAUAAAUAUUAAUAAUUCAGUAUUCUCUUCAACUUCAUUGCAAGGAAGGCUUUUCUUGCAGUUAAUUUGUUCACUAUCUUUUUGAUAGACUAAUACCCAUACCCUUAGUGCCAGUGUGGAGAUUGCAGAACUUUGAUUAAUUGUUUGACACUAAAUCUAUAUGAUAGACUGGACUCAGAACAAUUAAGCGCUUUCUACUUAUGUUAGUGAAUAAUGGCAUCAUUGAGUAUUUAACAUUUUUAUCUGUGUUUUCUGUGUUCUUUUAAAUUUUUUUGGGAAUGAAGACAGAAUAAGUAAAGUGAUACUGAGGUGCCUUCUGCUGAUUAGUGUCAAAAUGGUACUCAACAAUUUGAUCGAAACAUUUAAAAUGGAAUAUUUGACAGCCCAAAAGUAUGAAUGAUAAUUCCUUUCCACUGCUUUUUGGACCAGAUCAUUGUGGCUGUAGACGAGUGUGUGCAUAUUUUUGUUAAGUCCUAUUCUCUCAAAAGUUUUCCCUGUUAAAUUGUGAAGGUGAACUAUUUAACACAAUUAUUAAUAGAUGCAGUCUUUUUUUCCUAUUUGAACUUGAUAAGGUUAAGAUUAUCUAGUAACAAGUAUUGCUGCAAGAGAAGCAUGCAGUUUUGCUAGGAUGGGAGGGUGCAUUUUGAGGCAACUUGCAAGGGCUCUCACUAAUGGAGACAAGAAACUUGACUUACUUUUUUCUAUCAUGUCCACAGCUUAUUUUGCUAUCUACUCUGUUUAUGAGAUUUUCUUUAUACCUCCUGGCUUUAGUAUAUGUACAAUGUCUUUUUUUGUUUUGUCUAAUAGACAUUUGUGAUGUGUAUAGUUUUGUAGAAUUUCUUUGUUUUCUAAAUUAUUUUGUUGACAAAUUAUUGUGAAUUCUGAUGGGAUACAGUGUGAUGUUUUGGUACAUUUAUACAUUGUAAAAUGACCAACUCAGGCUACUUAGGUUAUCCAUCACCUCAAGCAUUUAUUGUUUCUUUGUGAGAGCAUUCAGAAUCCUUUCCUCUGGAUAUUUUGAAUUGUAUGAUUUGAUACUGUUGGCUGUAGGCCCCUUUCUGUGUAAUUGAAUGCAGCACUAUCACCUGUCUGGUUGUAUAUAUUCAUUGGUCUCCCCUUUUACACACACAUUCUGUCUCUGUCUGUUUUCCCUCACCUCGAAGCUAGGGUAACUUCUAGACCGAACACCAGAAACACAAAUGAAGAACUAGAACUGAAGAACAAAGAGGAAUUUUUCAAACAGUAAAGAUUGUCUCCUCAUCUCAUGCUCUAGCCUACUGAAUGUAGUGACUUUAAAUGCUUUUAUGAAUUCUCCCUUUUCUGUGUGCUGGAAAUUAAACCUAGAGCCUUGUAUAUGCUAAGCAAUCACCCUUCUCAUUUUUAAAAUCAUAUAUUUAUUAUCCUUAAGUAGCUGUAUGAAGGGGUUAUAAUCUUUAUACCAUUGAGCUAUAUCUCUGCCUCUUAGCUUUUAUUUUUUU